AUGAAAAAUCAGAAAAUAUUAGGUGCAGGUGCAGCGCUGCUUUCCCUUUUCAUCACAGGGUGCAGAGGAAGCUGGAACGACUUCAGUCCAACGGCUCCCACUGGAAGCUCUGCUCCAUGGAUGGGAGGAGACAGAUUAGCAUACCCAAUGGAUGGCUUAAACCAGUUUUAUGCACAUCAGAGCAUGGAUUACAGCGGCCUAGGGUGGAAUGGAUACGAAACACCUUUUAUUCCAGCAGACAAUAUGCCAGGUGAAUAUCAACACUUUCAGCAGCAGAACUACAUGGCAGAGUACAGCGCAGAUGGAAACACCUUCAAUGGAGCACAUAACACUGCAGGACCGUCUAGAACAGAGGAUAGCAUGAUGGGUGAUCUAGGAUAUUCCGUUAUUGAUCUAACUAUGAACAGCCCGAUCUCCAGCAGAUGGGGGUCUUUUGGAGAGCCCAGAGAAGGAGAACAGGGUGUGCAGUAUUUCCAGCCUACACAAGAACAGUAUACAGUAGAGUCCAGUGCAGGGGGCUAUCCUUUUGAUCCCUAUACACAUAGUACGAGUAAUACACCAGGCACAUCUAGUAGCGGAGAUGUAGGAGUGCACGAAAUGAAAGGUUCAGAUUUUGCUUACACUAAUUUAGGCGCAGAAUCUUCUUCGAAUGGAUUUACACCAUCUAUUUCAGCAUAUAGUACAGGAGAAUGCCAGCUACCACAUCAAAGAAGUACAGUAAUAGCUAGUACAAAUGCAAAUAUUUUUGGUGAGACAGAAAACACUAGCAUUAGACCAUAUACAGGAGAGAAAAGAGCAGCCAGUGGAAUGAGCAAUCCAACAGAUGAAUCAACGCAUCAUGCAGUACCGAAGAAAACAAGAAAAGAAGAAAGAGCACCAAAGAGCAGACUUGAUUCUAUCCAUCAGCAAGAAGAGGAAGAGAGAGCAGUGGAAGACGGUGAAGAGCCAGCAUUUGAUUAUAAGGCGCCGGCUAUUAGAAAAGCGCGGAGAGACAGGGCAGGAAUGCCGGAGGACACAGUGGGAACAAAAGACCUGAACAUCAGCAUGUGGAACGAUACAAGGCUGAAAAACCUGAGAAGAAAGAGAUACAAGCUGAGCUACAGGACAAUAGCACAGAGCAAGUAUUUUAAGUCAGACAUUAUUCAUCUGGUAAAAAACGAGCCGUACAGAACAAAUCUCAGAACAGACAUCAAGGACUUCUCCGAGAAGGUUGCGCCGCUGAUAGAACAGAAUGCGCUGUGGUACUUCAUUGCCUGCAGGACAACAACGACAAACACCAAGUACAAAGACCUUUUGGGGCUGAAGGAGCUGUUCAGCAACGAGAAAAACAGUCUGUAUAUAGAAAUGGUGAAAAGUUUUCACGGAUACUAUCCAGAGGUGUUUGAUGAUAUGAUAGCAUACAUAGAAAAGCAUGAGCCGCUGAAAAUUGACAUAGACUAUCCUCCAACCGGGUGGAAGAAAAGCUUGGGGGAUAUUUACAUGAGCGAGUAUCUUGAAAUAAAUUACAGCAUAAUUGAGAAGCAGGACAGGAUCAGACAAAUAAAAGAGAAGAGCCACGCACUGGCGUAUGCAGUGCACAUGAUUAUAAUGCUACCUGAGGUCUACCAGGACUUUUCCAGGAUCAGCGAAGAGUUUAUAAAGGAUACAUACACCUCGGAAGAAGAAGAGAGGAAUAAGAAGAACAACAGGAUUCUAAUGAAAAUAAAAAAGAUAGUGGAAAUGCACAUAGCAUCAAAGAUAGAGGACAAACUGUACGAUGAUCUGUACAGUGCUCUUGAAAGCGUAUACGGUGAAGAAACCCUGCAGAAUUCAACAGCUGUUGAUCUGUAUAGAUACAUGUACACUCUUAUUGCCAAGUUCUACGAAAGAGCAAGAGUGAUCGAGAAAAAAAAUAAAUACAUUCUGGCAGGAAAGUGCAUAAUAAAGAACCAGAUGCACAUGAAGUGCGAGAUAGUAGCAAACAUGGCAUUCAAGGAAAGUGAUAGGGAAUAUUUGUAUCCUGCGUAUACACUGGAGGAGAACAGAUGGAGUAUUUCACCAUAUACACAGGCACACUAUCACGUGUACUACGUAGAUAACACAAUGGGACAGAUCAGAACGCUAUGCAUGCCUUUGUACAUGGAUAAAAGCGGAAAAGAGCACUGCCUGCACACAAUCAAUGAGAUAUCAAAGUACAUGAGGAUACUAUAUGGGGCAAAAGAAAAGUAUGAUAGUAUACAUCCUGUAAAAGUGGAUAAGAAGACUAGAAAGUGGUCUUGCAUCAGAGAAGAAGAGAGAAGAAAAACAGUAAGAGACUUGGAAGGAUAUGAGGUAGUAUUUUACUACAUAGAAGAAAAUUUGCAAACAACAAGUUUUACUUUUGUUCAAUUUUGGCCUUUAAUACCGCACAACAACAAGGCCGAUAUCUGCAUACCGCUGUUCCUUACGCCUUUGAUGCAGUCUGCAGUGGAGCUAGGCCCUUUUAUCAGACAAAAAGACGAACACGAAGAGGUGGAUUGGACAAGGUUUGAAGACGUAAAGCCUGGCGUAUAUGUCUACAAUGAAAAUAGGUAUAUAGGCAUACGGCAUGCGGAUAUAUACGCAUACUACAGCAAUCUGUACCUGCCGCUGGAACAAAAGAGAAGAACAGAGUGCUAUGGCAUGGACUGCCAGGUUGCUCAACAGGAAAACGGAAACAUCAAGGCUGUGUGGUAUGCGAAAGUCCCUGGAGGCGUGGGUGAGUAUACACACUGUGCACCAAAUGAGAACUUCAGAGGGAAAAAAAGAGAAAAAGAGUUUAAUGAGCUUAUUUCCGUGCUGGAGUCAAGAGAGUACGACAAGGACAGCCAGCUCCAGGGCUUUUGGCUGGGCGCUCACAUUGGCAGAACAGAGAAUAAGGUACGUACAAUACGCGCUUGGAUAUCAAACAAAAGCAACGGAGAAACUGAAGACAAUAGGAGCCUGAAAAUACUUGGAAUGGAGACGAGCAAAACAGAAAACAAACUGAGAGAGGUAAUAGAUGAACAGAUAGCCCUGCAGUAUGACAUAAAAAGCGAUAGAACAGAGAUAAGGCGGCAGCAGAAUAUAGUUCGGUGCAAAAAAAGCAAGCUGAAAAGCAUUCUCGAAGACCAACGCAAAGAGCUGCACAAAAAGCUGUCUAAAGUUCCAAAAAGCUCAGAAACAGAGCUUAUGGUGUUUCGCAACGUCAACGCGAACAGGUCUAGUUUGGGGGCACACAACGAGAUUCUUGAUGUUUUCAUUACACUAUACAGCAGGAACUACAGCCUUCAAUAA